AUGGAGCAGCUUCCGCCCAAGUCUCCGAUUCCGAUGUCCCACCACAACUGGCCGUCCUUCCCCUUUCAGAUGAUGCCGGCGGCGCCGGCGCCGGCGCCGGCGGCGUGGGUGGACGAGUUCCUCGACUUCUCCGCGUCACGCCGCGGGGCCCACCGGCGCACGGUGAGCGACCCAAUCGCCUUCGUCGAGGAGCCGACGGCCGGCGCAGCCGGCGCCGGCGGCGGAUUCGACAGGCUGGACGACGAGCAGCUUCAGAGCAUGUUCUCCGACGAGGUCGCCGCCGUGGGCCCCACAUCCAACCCCUCCACGCCGUCGGAUCACAACAGCGAAGCCCGGAUGAAGGCCGAGCCCGGCGGGGAGGCCGACAGCCCGGAUGCUCCGGCUCCGGCGGGCCCGCCGGGAAAUAAGUCCUCCGAGAGUAACUCCGGCGACACCAUCGUCGACCCCAAACGGAUCAAACGAAUAUUGGCCAAUCGACAAUCAGCUCAGAGGUCUAGAGUGAGAAAGCUACAAUACAUUUCAGAGCUUGAAAGGAGCGUCACAACACUGCAGACUGAGGUAUCAGCAUUGUCACCUCGGGUCGCAUUUUUGGACCAUCAAAGGCUUUUACUGAAUGUGGACAAUAGUGCUCUUAAGCAGAGAAUAGCAGCUUUGGCUCAAGACAAAAUUUUCAAAGAUGCCCAUCAAGAGGCAUUGAAGAAGGAGAUCGAGAGGCUGAGAAAAAUCUACCACGAACAGAACAUUAAGAAGAUGGAGGCCGCCGGCGACGACGCCGUGCCUAUGUCGCCGGUGGCAAACGCCGGCAAGAGGGGCUGUAUGGACGAUGAAUAAAUAAUAAUAUUUUAUUUAUUUAUUAUCGUAAAAAGAAGAAGAAAAAAAAAACAGUCUCGUGAAUCGUGAGUGGGAGGCCAAUGCCAUGCAUUAUUUUCUUUUUUAUUUGUUUUAUUUUCUUUUGAUUUUUGGAUUUUGUUUUAAAUGGGUUAAUUAAUUAAUUUGGGUGGUGUGUCAUGCGAUCACGUGGUGUGUCGCUAUCUUUCUAAAAUCUCAUGUUCGUGGUGGGGCCCACUUUUUACCGCUGGUUUGUGAUUGAGGCGUGUGAGGAAGGAAGGACACGUGGACAGUUGGAGAGGCUGACAUGAUCUCAUUUAUAGAACGCCACCACUUGAGAGGAUUUUUUUUUGCAACAAUUCCAUUAAAAAAAUGGAAGAGGGGCAAAAGAGGAAAUUCAACGGACAAUUAUUAUUUUUUCUUUGUUAAGUUCAAUUCUAAUCAUUAGAUUGAUGAUAUAUUUUUACUUUGUAAGUUAGAUUUUGUUUUCGGAGUUUGAUGUUUGUUCGUUGAUUUGUUUGAUUGAUUUGUAAUUCGUUUAAGGUUGUUUGUUUGGUCUGUGGGCUUGCAGAUUUGUGUAGGGGUAGCUUGGGGAUUUCUGUUUUAUUCUAUCUAUAUAUAUAUAAUUGCUAGC